UGCGGCGGUGCUCGAAUUUGCUAUAUAUUUCACGAGACGUUUGGUCGCGUGUUGGAAUCGAUCAAUCCGCUAGAUAAUCUGACGCAGCUUGAUAUACUUACAGCCAUUCGCAAUGCUACGGGUCCCCGGCCGGCUCUUUUCGUGCCAGAAGUUAGCUUCGAGUUGCUAGUGAAGAAACAAAUCCGUCGGUUGGAAGAGCCAAGUUUACGUUGUGUGGAACUGGUGCAUGAAGAAUUGCAGCGGAUUGUUCAGCACUGCGGCAUUCAUACGCAGGAACAGAUUUUGAUUGAGGAUGAGUCAAAGCAUGCUGCUCAGAAACGAACUGCUGCUCAGGUUGAUGCAUCGACGUCGCAAGAAAUGCAGCUUGAGAGCAACUCCACACAGGCUACUGCAAGCACAUCGGCUGUUGCUGUUGAUACUGCCAGUAGCAUUGUGAAUGUGGCUGAUGGAACAGCACGCAUUGCUGGAUGGCUUUUUGGUGCUGGCUCGAAGGAUAAGGACGAUGUACAGCACUCGCCGGCCACUCGGAAAGCAAUCAAUCUUUUGCCAGAAGUUCCGGAAAAAACAAUCACACGAAAGCUGACUCCUCGUGAACAAAGGGAUUGCCAGAUAAUAGAGCGGCUGAUCGGGCGGUAUUUCAUGAUUGUGCGCAAGAAUAUUCAGGACACAGUACCAAAAGCUAUCAUGCAUUUCUUAGUCAAUUAUGUUCGGGAUAACCUACAAAGCGAACUUGUGAGGCAAUUGUAUAAACAUGAGAUAAUUGAGGAGCUGCUUGCUGAAAGCCCUGUAAUGGCUCAGAGGAGAAAAGAAACAGCUGAUAUGCUUGAGGUAUAUUUCUAA